AUGGAGGCCGACGACGAGCGUGUCUGGAACGUCGAUAUGGAUGACGACGAGGAGGAAGACGACGCAUACGAAGGCCCCGAUGCCUACACUGACGAUGACGACGACGAUGUUGUUGAAGAAUUUGAGCGUGCAAUUGAAGCAUAUUCUGCUGAGGAACAGGAUACGCCAGGCACCGCGUUGGAACAUAUCAUGGGGGGCGAGUUACUUUCAUUCGCGCUUCCUACUACACCCGCGAAUCAGUCCUCCGCCGUUCAACUCGGGAGCCUCACCCUCGAUGACCUGCGUCGUAUGAUUCGCAUGAGCAGGGCGAGUGUUUCCCUACAGACAGAGGCGAUCGACGAUGAGGACGACGAAGACUACGGCUACGAGGUGCCUCAAUCCAAUCGGAACCGUUCGAGGAUAGAUUGGUGGCCAGAGAUUAAGGAGCCAAGGAAAGAGGGUCUCGAACUCCUCAGGGGUGGUGAAUUUGGAAGAUUAUUGCACCAGUUAAAGGCCAAGAAAAAAGGCAACAAUAUGACGAGGUUCCUUUUAGAUAGGAGCACAAGACCUCGUCCACCCUACAAAGAAGAUUUGACCUGUGAUAUAAUCCCAAACUCUGGUGGCACCGCCGUCGCAGAAUAUGUGAACAACGCCUAUGUGGGACAGUUCUCAUCUGACUCUACGUUUUAUUAUACGUGUGUCCGAGACUUUCGACUUCAUGUGUAUGAUACUACCGCUUCCUUCGAACCGAGUACAUCCCGGAGAGACCAGCGAGACCGUGGCCAUGGCCACAGUACCUCCAUGAAGGUUAUCAAGACCAUCAAUGCGCACCCUGGUCGCUGGACUAUCACCGACUCGCACUUGAGUCCGGAUAAUCAGAGAAUGAUUUACGCUUCGAUUUCAAACACGGUGUAUAUGACGACAACUCUAGAUUCCUCGCCGGUUCAAGUGCCCAUUCGAUUCGCAGAUCCUACACGUACGAGGCGGAACUCAUGGGACUACGACGACGACCACUUCGGUAUUUGGAGCUGCAAGUUCUCUGCAAAUGGCAAUGAGGUAAUUGCAGGGGGUAGUGGAAUGAUCUUCGUCUACGAUCUAUUAGCGGAUCAGCGGACGGUGAAGAUCAUGGCUCACAACGACGAUGUUAAUAGUUGUUGUUGGGCCGACACGGCGUCCGGAAAUGUUCUGAUAAGUGCAUCGGACGAUACCUUCAUCAAAGUCUGGGACCGACGAUCCCUGGGUUCGUCCAGGAAACCUUCGGGGGUUCUCAUAGGGCACACAGAGGGUAUCACGUAUGUAUCGGCCAAAGGCGACGGUCGUUACAUUAUCUCCAACGGGAAAGAUCAGGUACUUCGGUUAUGGGAUCUUCGCAUGAUGCGCAGCAACCAUGAAUAUGAAGAGGUCCAAAACGACCAUUACGGCAUUCCUAAUUUUGAUUACCGCAAUGGCUCCUACCUCAAACCAAGACAUAAAUCUCAUCCUAAAGAUUGUAGCAUUAUGCAAUACACAGGUCAUGAGGUUCUUCGUACUCUCAUUCGAUGCCACUUUAGUCCAGCUUCGACGACGGGACAACAGUACAUCUACUCUGGAAGUGCGGACGGACGAAUACACAUUUGGUCUCUUGACGGGCGGAUUGUGCAAGUACUUGACCGGUCCGAGACGUUGCCAUUGUCGUAUGACCCAUCGGGACCAGAUGUCCAGCACCCAUAUACCUCGCGCAAAACUAGGGUUUGCGUGCGAGACGUUAGUUGGCAUUCAGAGCUUCCAAUCUUAAUGAGUACCGGUUGGCUUGGUGGUCGUUGGUCUGCCAGGGAGGGCAGUGUUAUUGCUCGACAUGAGUGGAAGGGUAUGUCAAAGGCAAACCGUACGCUUGAAGAUCAGCUAGAGAAGGAAAAUGCGGAGUUUGCGGAACGCACUCGACAAGGAGCUUUGAGACGGGCUGAGUGGACUCGGAUGCCAGGCGCAUUUGUGGACGAGGGAUCGGACUAG